CGUCAACAAGACAAACAAACAAAGCCACACAAACCCCAAACUGUUGCCGCAAUGAAAACUGCUCGUAUUGCAGCAGCACAACAGGCAGCAGCUUCACAAAAUGGGACUUUAAAUGGACAUUCAAUUUCUUUAAAAAAUGGGGGUGAACGCAAAAGGGCUAGUAAUAGAAGUUUGAAUUAUGUUGGUAAAUUCGAGCCUCAUGAAGAUGGUAUAGGCUUGAAUAAUAAUUUUGUUGGAAUGGGGAAUGAAAGUAGAAGUGAGCCUGAAUCUGGAGGAACACCACUUCAAUCAACUAACCAGCAACAACAACAAAUCAAACUAGAAUUAUUUAACAAUUCUAAUAAUUCUAAUUCGAUUUUAAAUGCUUCCAAAUUUUUUGGAGUCGUUCCUCAACAUUCUCCUCCACCUUAUAAUCAUCAAUUCAAUUUAUUUGGAAAUCCUUUUUUUCAACGACAUUAUGGACAAAUAACUAAUAAUGACAAUCCAACACAACAAGUUGAGAUCAAGAAUGAAAAUGUUUUGGGUUUUGGAAACAUAUCGGCAACAUCGACAUCUUUCUCUCCACAACCAACAAUUAAAAAUAAACAACAAAAUUCAUCAGAAAUAACUGAAGAAAUAACUAAAAUAUUAAAUGAACAAAAAAAUACAACAACAACAACAACUUUACCUCUACCACAAAUUUUUAAUUCUUCUUUAGAAUCUACUACUAACAUACAAAAUUGUUGGCAAAUGGAUGCUUUAACAAAUGGAAUGGGUUAUAUGCCAUCAUACCCUACAACUAACUUAGCAGCAUCUUCCUCUACGGUGUCAGACUUUGCCUUUCCCGCAACAAUGACAUAUCCAGCUUGUUUAAAUAUGGAGCAACAAACUCCAAAAUUAACAGCUUCAUCAUUGUAUUCAUAUGAUACUUCUUGUGUUGCUGCACUUUAUGGGGCACCAUUUAUAAAUGAUGCUUACUCUAUUAAUCAAGGCGGUAAUCAACAACAACAAUAUUUUAAUUAAUUUUAGAAUUUAAUAGAAAAUGUUUUUUUAAUAUUUUAAUUUUUUUUUCACAUGUUUCUAAAAUGCAGACUUGGUUGUCAAUUCCCAUCUUAUUUCCUCUAAAUUUUUCGAUAUUCACUUUAAUCCACUGAUAUCUAUCAUAGU